UGGUCAUUCAAGGUCGUGUAGAUGAAAGGAGGCUGGUUUGAACCUGUUGGCUGAAAAGUAUUUCAUAGUCGUCCAUAUGUUUUGUGUACAAAUACUUGGUGGCGUCCCCAUCUCCCGACUUUGAGGGUUUCGGUUAUAUUUCACCAAACUUUACUCAAACUUUACUAUUGGGGCUUCCCUUACAAUUCCUUCCAAAUUUAUCACGAUUUCCUCAAAUUUGAUAGAUUUGAGUCAUAUCUGUCUGCUCAGCCCAGUAUCCUUUGAUUUCAUGGUCAAAGAAGCAACGUUAUACAGCUGUACUUUAUGAAUUAUAAAUUCUAUCUCACUAUUUUCUGUGCCGUAAUUUUCAAUAUGUUGCCAGAAAAUACAGCCAAAUUAGACUUCAAUCUACCAGAAUGAAUUCACAGUUGUGGAUACUUAGCCUUUAUACCUUACAUUUCCAGGUUACACCUUGGAGUAAAAUCAACUGUAACUCCUUAUUUUUUGAUGUUCUGGGGAUGGUUGAGGAUUUGAAAUUUGGGUGUGAUGGACUAGAAGUAGUUUCAUUAAUGUGCUUUUUUCUCAUAGUUUAUGUUCCUGUUUACCUGAAGUUUCACGUUACUUUAGUGGAGUCCACUUUCCGGCAUGAUCACAUUGCCUGUUUGGUUACAAAUAAAUACUGACUAUUAUAAUUUCUGUUUCAUUUUAUAUCCUAACCGGAUACUACGCUAUAGCUAAAAAAUACCUGCGGAAUUAAGAAUGCGUAAAAUUAAACCAUGCAAUCGAGACAGUCAAUAAGGCGUUAAUUGCGUUCCAUCGAAUUAUUAAACAGUUAUUGCUGAUGGUAUGCGUAAUUUUUUAGAAGAAAUCUUUAAAUGUGUUGAUGAAAUCUUAAACCGUUAUCGAUUCAGGUGGUUUGGAUUUAUUUAGAAAUAACACAACACCAUGCACUCGCACGUAUGAUGGUAUCUGGCUUAACUUGUUUAAAAAAAGUGCAGAUGCUAACUGCUGAAGGCAUUUUGUCAGUUCAAAAAGUUACUAAUUGUUUGUUUGGAUCAUAUCAGAAAGUGACUCCUAGGUUGUAGCAGUCAUAUGUUUUCAUAAACAGUAAUUGAUAUGUUUCAAAAUCAGUUGUACUAAAGCAUUUGUACUUAUUAUUUAUCUUCCUCUAAAUUUAGAUGUAAGUGUUAUCUCAUGCGCAUUGUUUUCCACCCUUUCCCGACCCUUUUGAAUCAUGCUUGACAUUUGGUUAACGCUCUAGUCCACCCUGUUAAUGUGGUGUUAAAACUAUAACAAUGUCUAACUAACCAGAAUCCACUACUUAAAACUAUCCAAAAUAUGAUUUCAUAGCUUUAGUUUCUCCUACGUUGAUGUAGUCUCGCGAAAUCGAUAUCAGAAUAAAUCAAAGUGGACUAUUUUGUGCUGUCCUAUUUUAUUUGUGUGUUUGGGAUGAUAAAUUCCUAAAUACUGUAUUUAUAAAGAAGGUGAUGUUGAAAUUCACACUGUUAUAAAGUUAACUGCUUUGUUUGUCAAUGUGUUUUCAUUUGUGUCGAUUUAUUCGGUUUAUAUUUAAUUUUUAAAGCAUUCAUUCUGUUAGUAUUUCCUGGGAUUCUCUUGUUUUGUUUAUCUUAAGCUGUUGCCUAACACAUUUUGGCCUUUUCAUUUCAGAAAUAUUUGGUUUUUAAACAGAAACAUAGUGAACCGGUAGUUUUCCGAUGGUUGGCGAUUACUGGAUUUUUGUCACACCAAUUAUUCUACCCUGUGUUUUAUGGGAACAUAAUAAUUAUUUUAUUUCUAUGACUUUUAAUUUAAGUAAACAAUCUAUACAUUAUUUUGUAUGAGGAGUAAAAAGAACCGUCAUAAAUUGGUUGCUCUCAACUUUCUAUCUAAUAUAUCUCUUGAUGGGAAAUAUGAACAUAGACCUAAUGGAAUCGGCUGUCAUUCAUCUGCCUCUUGUAUUUUCACAACUGGGCAAACGGGCACAAAGAUUUCUCAGGGUAACGCUUCUUAUGAGCAGCAACUUAAUGAUACAUUUUGUGAAACAUCUAAAGAAUCUGUAUCAACCAAGUUCUCAAGAGUACCUGAAAAUAUCCUAAGUUUGGUGACAUGUGCCCAAGCUUAUGAUUCGUCCAACAGUUUCGUUGAUACGCAUCUACAAAGUAAUAGACUUCAAACAUAUCCUCAGGUUCCUAUUUCGAAUGUUUCCUCUCCCUCUGCUACAAAUGUACAACUGAAUGGUGAAAAGCAAGAAAACUUUACUGAUAAACUACCUUCAAACAAACAGUCAGUCACUAAUGAUUCAUCUAAUCGACUAUAUGAACUGCUACCUAAAACUAAUUUCAAGCUUAAACUAUCUCACGAAUCGAAUAAUAUCAGUUUGGAAGAUAUUAAAACACUGUAUAAAAUGAAUCCAAAAUCAAUGCAAACUAAUGCUUUAUCCACGUUAUCUAAAAGAAUAGCGUUAAGUUCGUUGGGUGUUAGUGGGAAACCAGUUACGUUGUUUUCAGUUUUACCGUAUCAUCGUAAAACAACAGGAUCUCACUUCAGAGUUGGACGUCGUCAUAUUCUUCCUCCUAGUUCACACAAACUAUCUUCUGGCGUACAACAGUUUCAGUCUCCCGCAAGUUCGGUCCGUCUACCACAGACUUCUAUAUCCACUGGCGUUACACACGUCAAAGAUCCUACUCCUCAAUCAAAUUUCGUUCAUAAUGUGUUAAGUCUUAGUUCGUUUCGACCUGUUAAUGGUGAGACUAUUUCAUAUGCUCAUUUAAUUCAAUCAAAUUAUCAAUUAUCAAAGAAUAAUGUAAAAGUUGGACAUCCAAUGGAUACUGAAUUGAUGUCGUAUAUUUUACUGAAUUCAGGUUUCAGAUCGAAUCAUGAAUCGUUUGCUUAUUUUCAUGAAGCUCCUGGUGUACUCAACUCAAAUCAUUCUCGACGUAGCUUCUUAAAUAAUUCCACAGUUAUCCCUUCAAAUACACAUUGGCACCAUUCAUCGAUGUCAUAUCAUAGACAACGGAAUCCUAGUUCAAGCAGUACAAAUUCACUAGGUUAUCCAGAUCCAUUAAUAAGUUAUAAUCCAUUCCUUUUGGACGAUCCGGAAUUGUUAGUUGCAACAGGAAAACGUGUAUUAAAACUUCCGAACUAUCUGACCAGCGUUCUAGGAUAUAUUCGACCAAAUGAACGUAAACGUGAAGUCAAUCGACAAUUCCAUGAACGAUUUCCAUCAAUACAAAUAACUUUGACUAAAUUGCGUAGUAUAAAAUCAGUGUUAGUACAAAUUGCACAAAAUUUGUCUAUGGACCUAUGGAUUGUUGCACAUGCCCAUGUGCUUUUUGAAAAAUUGGUUCUAAAGUUGUUUUUAACAAAAUUCAAUCGAAGAUUAUGUGCUUCAGCUUCACUUUUGAUCAGUGCAAAAUUGAAUGAUGUGAAAGGUUCACAGUUAUGUGCUUUACUUCAAGAAUUGGAGACAGUUUUUCGUAUUUCACGUCGUGAUUUACUCAAUACGGAGCUGGAUGUUGCAUUGGGUUUAGAAUUUUCUCUAAUUCCAUCUGAUUUGGAAAUAUUACCACAUUAUCAAAGGUUAUUUAAAAGUUUAAACUUAACUUUACCAUUUCUACCGGUUGUGUUAACCACGAACAAUACUGUCGGUGUUAAUUCUAGUAUUCUAUUGACUAAUAUGAAUAAUAAUAUCAAUAAUAUUGAUAAGACUAGUGUCAAUUGUACAGUCAAUAUUGAAAAUCAACCAUGUCUUGUAUGUAAUGCUUCAUCAAGUAUUGGCGGUACACAAUCGAAUCAUUCAAUUACAAAUUUAUCAAUUAACUAGUGUAUUGAAAAUGAAAUUGAAAUAUAAGUGUUUUAAUAUUUUCAUGGUUUCUUAAAUCACUUUUUUUUUUCUGGAAAAAUCAACGUCUCUUUGUACAGGAAAAAUAAUUAACUAGGGUGUUUUAAAAAAUAAACACAACGUGCCAAAUCGGUUGGAAUAAUCUUUACUUUUGGUGAAUCUGUAAACUUUAUUUAUCAAUUUUCCUAUGCGAUGCAUGAUAAUUUACAAUGUGGUCUAAGAGUUAUUCUUUUUAUUACUGUGUGCUCUAUCAACAACAGUGUUACAUUUUUUUCUACUACUUAUCACUACCUGUUUAUACAUUCAUGGUGAUCAUUCAUUCAUUCAUUCAUUGUCUACCAAAUUUGUACUUAUUCCUUACUCUUUUCUAUUGUUUAUCCGUGAUAUCUAAUGCACGAAAAUGAUUAUGGUAGUUUUUGAUUUGACUAAAUUCGGUUCAGUAUACUUAUUACCACUUUGAUUCCAUGUAACGCAAAUUAUUGUUCCUUCUUCUUGUUUCGUGGAUAUUUUAGCGUAUUGAUGAAGGUAUGCAAGGUUGCUAUUGUAACUCUUUUUUUUUUGUUUUGGUUUUUUUCCUAUGUACUUUCCAUGCAUUGACAUACAAUUUGUUUUCUGUCUUGCAUAAAUAAUGAAUUAUUGAUUUGAAUUUCUUUAUUUAUGAGUUGUGUCCAGUAUCCCACCAUUGCUUAUUACAUACUACAUAACAUAUUGGUGACUAAAGCUUUUCACUAAGACUAUGUAUUGUGAUCUUGUUAUGUAAUAACCACCUUGGUAAUAAAGAGUUGGUUUGAAGUUUUGUGCUUAUCAGCACUAAUUAUUAAGAUAUGCAGC